AGCAGAAAAUGAUGCCGCUAUUGACGACUUCUUUGGUCGGAGUGGUCAUACCAAUAACUGGGCAGUAUUGGUAUGCACUUCGCGCUUUUGGUUCAAUUAUCGACAUAUUGCGAAUGCACUCUCAAUAUACCGUACUGUUAAAAGACUCGGAAUUCCCGAUUCUAAUAUAAUACUAAUGCUGGCUGAUGAUGUAGCAUGUAAUGCAAGAAAUGCUUUUCCCGCAACCGUAUUUAAUAAUGCUGGCAAAUAUCUUGACUUGUAUGGGGACAACGUUGAAGUGGAUUAUCGAGGAUAUGAAGUCACUGUUGAAAACUUUAUUCGGGUAUUGACUGGUCGCGUCUCUCCGGAAACUCCUCGUUCAAAAAGACUGCUUUCUGAUGAUCGAUCUAAUAUAUUGGUAUACAUGACUGGGCAUGGUGGCAAUGAGUUUCUGAAAUUCCAAGACGCGGAAGAAAUCAGUAGCUAUGACAUAGCAGAUGCGUUUGAACAAAUGUGGGAAAAGAGAAGAUACCACGAAAUCCUAUUCAUGAUUGAUACUUGUCAAGCAAAUACUAUGUACGGUCAGAUUUAUUCUCCUAAUAUAUUAUCAACUGGUAGCAGUAAACUUGGAGAGAAUUCUUAUUCGCAUCACAUGGAUAACGAGAUUGGUGUAGCCGUAAUCGAUCGCUUUACUUAUUAUAACCUGGAGUUCUUAGAAAAGAUUGAUAUGCAGAGUAAGGCUACGUUAAAGGAUUUGUUUGAAACAUACGAUCCAGCACAAAUGCAUUCAACUCCUGGAGUGAGGAGCGAUUUAUUUCGAAGACCUUUAGAUAAGGUCCUGGUCACAGAUUUUUUCGGAAACGUACAGAACGUAGAACUCACGGAUCACAAAUAUGAGCUGACUCAGUCCAGAAAGGAAAUCAAUACGACAUCCAAACUGGUUAUCAGCAACCCAUCCACUCCAUCUAGUGAGCAAGCCGAAUCACAAAAUUUCCAUCUAUUCCAAGUGGAUUCUAACGUAGCAAGGACUGCUUUGCCUUUAGAAUUUGUCGUCGGGUGUUUGAUAUUUGGUGGCAUAAUAAAACUAGUCUCUGACAAAGUCUAA